AUGAGCGGUGGACAGACCUACGGGAAGAGCCUUCCGGACCAAGUAGACCGUAUCUCGAGCUUGUCAGAUGCACAGCUUGAGCUCGUGGUAGAUGUACGCGAGUUAUUUCGUGAGCGUGCUGCCAUAGAGCGCGAAUACGCUACAAAGUUACAAGUGCUGGCUCGUAAGGCAACGGAAAAAAAGAAUAAGAAGAUUGCUGCGUUAGUCGUCGGCAAUGAACCCACCAAGGCAUGUGAAGAGGAUGUCCUUCUGCAGAGUACGAUCAACAACGCAUAUAGCCAGCUUAUUCUGUCGUUACAUGAGUCAGCCCAGGAUCAUCUGGAUCUCUCGGACGCAUUCAAUUCACAGGUUGUCGACGCACUGAAGAGCACAGAACGAAGGCAUGACGAGGCGAAGAAGAAACAAAUCCAAUAUUUCCAAAAGCUUUUAUCAGAACGAGACCGUGUCUAUUCCGAACGCCUCAAGAAUAAACAGAAGUAUGACGAGGAGUGUGCUGAAGUAGAGACGUACCGCCAAAAACAGGAACGCUCUACUGAUGAUCGACAUGCGGAUCGUGCUACAAGACAGUACGAACAGCAAUAUACAGACAUGUUGAAUAGCAAGAAUGUUUACCUCAUAUCCACUGCCAUUAGCAACAAGGUCAAGAAGAAGUUCUACAGUGAAGAUAUCCCCAUGCUUCAGGACCAAUUUCAGGAUCUCCAGACACAGCUCAUCACCAAGUUCGCGAAGGUCAUGCUCCAAGCGCAGGCCGUCCAGACCCGCAAUCUUGACGAGCUUAAGUCACACAUCACAACAACAGAAGCUGUUCUGGGGGCUGUAGACCCGCAAGCGGACCAGGUUUUGUUCAUCGAACACAACAUCAGUUCGUUCACGUUACCGACUGAUUGGAGUUUCGAGCCUUGCGCCACCCAUUAUGAUACUGGAGACGUGAGCGUGGCACCUGCGCCCAAAGUCUUCCUUCAGAAUCGACUACAUCGAUGCAGGGCCAAACUACAGGAGUUGCGCCCAGUCCUUGAUGCUAAACGCAAGGAGAUGGAACAGUUCGCCAAGUUGGUCAGCACAUAUUCUGCGGAGCGUGGCCUCGGCGAUGUUGACGAAGUGUCCGAUAACUUCCUAGACGCGCAACACCAGUUCGCGUUCUAUGCUACGUCCGAAACGAUUCUGACUGGCGAGAUAGAUACCAUUACAGCCGCUGUAGCUGGUGAUGAAGGUGGAGAGAGCCCACAUACGUUCAAGAGCUCCGCGUUCUCGAUUCCUACCCAGUGUGCUUACUGCAAGUCGUCGAUCUGGGGACUGAGCAAGCAAGGAAAGACCUGCAAGUCGUGCGGAAUCUCUGUCCAUUCCAAAUGUGAACUUAAGGUUCCUGCGGACUGUUCAGACUCUCGUGGGGGACGCAGUUAUUCCACGUCAGACUCCGUGUCUUCCAUCUCUCGAUCAUCUUCUGUCAUUUCUGGGGCUGAUUCUCUAACGCCAUCCCUGACAGCACCAACUCCGUCAUCAUUCGCUCGUACUUCACGAGCCCCAGAAGAAGCCUUGCAAAGUGCACGAGUCCUUUUCGACUUCUCUCCGACAUCGCCCUUCGAACUCGCGAUUUCUGGGGGAAACUUCGUCCACGUGCUAGAGGAAGAUGACGGUUCAGGCUGGGUAAAAGUCUCAGAUAACUCUGGAGGCAAGGGACUCGUACCGGCAUCUUACUUGGAACUUGAAGAUGGCGCCUCUGCACCGGCGAAAAUGAAAAUCUCGGUUCCGACUUCCAUGCCACAGCAAGGCUCUGGAAAAUAUGUGAGGGGCAUCUAUGCGUACGAAGCGCAAGGCCCCGACGAAUUGGACGUGGAGGAGGGAGGGCUGAUAGAACUCACGGGCGGUCCCACGGGGGGUACGGAUUACGGCGACGGCUGGUGGGAGGGUAUCGAUGCCAGCGGUAAGAAGGGCAUCUUCCCGAGCAACUACGUCGAGUUUGUGCGAUAG